AUGCACCAAUUUCCGAACAUCACAUAUAGCAAAAUCACCCGCCUCCAACUCCACUCGUGCCCUUUACCAAGAACCGGCUUCAAGAAAAUCCAAAACUGGUUCUCCAAGGAUAAUCUUAACACCAUAGUGUACGAAUACGGAAACCCACUCCACAAGGUGUUAACUAAAGAAAUGUUCCACGAUCUGAAACAUCUACGAUUCGUGAAGUUAGCCCACAACAAGCUCGGAUCCUUGGAUGAAAGCGCCUUUGCAACUACUCCAAAUUUGGUCGCACUUGUUCUAAAGAGAAACAAUUUAUCGGUAAUUAAAGCCAAAUUGUUCAAGAACUUGGAAGUGUUGGAGUGGCUCGACUUGAGUGGCAAUCGCUUGGAAAAUCUGCCACCUGGGUUGUUCAAGUCGCUGAAAAAAGUAACAAAUUUGGAUUUAAGCGGAAAUCAGAUCACUACACUCGCGGACUCCACUUUCGAAGGAUCGUCGACUCUACAAGUUUUAGAUUUGAGUGCCAACAAAAUCAAAUCAAUCUCGGUCAAAACGUUCCAACAGUUGACAGCUCUAGCCCGUUUAAGUUUAGCCCAGAACAGUCUGAAGUCACUUCCGGUCGGACUUUUUUCAAACAAUUCCAAAUUAGAAGUGCUCAUUCUAAAAGAUAACCCGAAUUUUGAAAUCGACGACAGCCUUUUUUCCAAUUUUAGUGUCUUGAAAACUUUAGAUUUAUCCAACUGUAAUCUCACGGAGCUAUCUGAAAGUAUUUUCGAGCAUUCGCACAAUUUGCGGACCAUUUUUUUGAAAAAAAAUGGCCUAAAGACACUUCCUAAACAGAUUUUCGAGGACCUCAUUAACUUACAGAAGCUCGAUUUGUCUGACAAUGAACUUGACGAUGUUGACACUAUGUUAAGCUCGCUGAAAAAACUCGAAAUACUGAAUUUGGAAAACAAUGCCAUCAGAACAAUCAACGAAGGGACGUUUUCGAAUUUGAUUCUUCUAGAAGAGCUUAAUUUAGCCCAAAAUCGUAUAAAACACAUUCAACAGAAUGCUUUUGCCAAUAAUUACCGGUUGAAAGUGAUUGAUUUGUCGAGAAAUGGUUACAACGGUCAAGGCAACAUUUUCAAAAAUUUGAUGUUUCUUCAAAAUCUCAAUCUGAGUUACAACUUGAUUACUAACAUCGAAGGUUUAAUAACACUUAGGCACAAACCACUGAUGAAAGUGUUAGACUUGAAGAAAAAUUUGAUUUCGAAUUUAUCGCUUUUUAAUCUCCAAGAUUGGACAAACGUUGACGUUAACCUCGAAUCCAACAACAUCUCAGUUGUUAAUUUUGACCAGGUAGACUUGACCGAAUACUAUUACACUGUUACCAUCCGCUUGGCAAAUAAUCCCCUAAAAUGUGACUGCACUAACUACGACCUAAUGAAGUACUUGAAUGGAGACACAAACCAUCAACUGACCAUGAUGUUCAACAUCCGCACCGGAUCUUCCAACUGUGAAGCUCUAGACAAUUCUAUAGUCAGUUUGGAAUUGUCAACUAUAACUUGUCCUUUGCAAGAUUCUGGUUGCCCCGAAGAAUGUUUGUGUAGUUAUAGACCCUUCGAUUCUUCGCUUGUCGUGGACUGUUCUAACCGGAACUCAAACUUGAGUCUCUACAAGAAUAUAACAAGCUUGUUCUUGUCGAACAACAACCUCGUCACAGUCCAAGGAGUGUUGAAACUUGACCACAACCAGCUGUCAACUCUAGGUUCCAAAUUUGUCCAAAAAUUCGACAACUUGUCGAUGAGUACCCUCGUUCUCAACAACAAUCCGUGGAAUUGUGACUGUGAUUCUGAAAAUUUGCGUCUUUUUGUCCGAAAUCACUUGGACGUGGUGGAUUUUACUCGCGUUUUUUGUUACAACGGCGCCGUCCGGGUUGUCGAUUCCACGGAAGCACAACUUUGUAAACACUUGAAAGAGGUUUACAUGAGCAUGGUCAUUGUUUUUUCUUUGGCUGUGACAGUUUGCUGCAUUUUUGGUUUGGUGUUCCUUUAUUGUGUAAAAAUAGAUGGUGUGUCGCUGGUUCAUCAUUUCGAAAGGGGGGCGUUUUUGUUGUAA